AUGUGGGCAGGUUUUUCGGCCGUCAAGAGAGUUGACGGAUUUUUUAGACAAAACGGCGAACGAGAUAUUGAUAGACAACAAUCCGUCCACGGGUCAGUUGACGACCAACACGCAAACAGUACCGACGAACGUAGCCAAAGUAGCUAUAAAACGCAAUACUCUACAAGCACAACAAAAUCUCGAAUUGCGUUGCACAGGUGCGCCAUCACAGAAGAGACAAAAAAAACAAUCGACCAAACAGAAGAUGAAUUCGGAUGCUCCGACGAUUCAACCGACUCAGACUACAACACGAACGAACGAAUCCAAUGGCAACAAGGGAUUACAGAGGACGAAGGAACUCCUCAAUCAGCCCUUCGUAUACUUGAAACAGUGGACCAAAAUGACCCUUUCGAAGAACUUAACGGACGCUUCGAUAUUCUUCGAGAUGGCGAACAUAAUUUACGAUAUCGAUCCCCUGCAAGAAGAUACGCCAAUUCUAUAUCCGAUUUCGAUUGUGAUAUUGAUGAUGGCGAUGUUUACACCGAUAUCAGAAAUUUCAAUAACGUUAGUGUAUUAUUAAAUAAGUUUUUUUAUUUAAAUUUUAAUUUUCUAUUAUAUUUUUGGGUUACACCCACAGAAAUGGAAAAAUUGUUUGCCAGAAAUAGCGACACUGAUGGAGGAAAUGAUGACGACGAAAUACGAAAAUGCGAGCCAGAAAUUUACAAACAUGUUGAUGAACCUCCGGCAGAAUAUCCGAACGUCAUACGAAGAUUUGCCGAUCAGCUCGCUAAUUUCAAUUGGACCGGAGACAGCGUCUACAUGUCAGACGUUAUUGUGCCGCCUGGACGCGACGGAGUUGUUCAGUGUAUUAAAGAACUCGGCCAGUACCUCCAGUGCGUCGUCAAGAAAAAGUUCGUUGUCGUCUGCGAACACGACGACCACGUCCAUGUUGCCCACGUCUGCAACCAGACAACCAACUCUUGUCGUUGUACCUGGCUCCAACGAAGUCAAUAUUUCCGAAGAUAUAAACGCCGCCACUUUCGAAGACGCGUUUAUGCGUGCGACUUCGACUCAACUGACUGGGACAACAUCAUUCGAUAUUUUUGUACAGACGGGCACUUCACAGAAGAAAUGUAUUGCGACGGUGCCGAUGAAGGAUUAUGUAGUGAAAUUAGAAAUAUUUCCGUAAGGUCGGAUAUUUGAAUAUUAAUGUACAGUUUGAAUAUUAUACUAAUUAUUUAAUUUUUAUAGAAAAAACAAAAUCCAGUAUGUUCAAAAGUAGGAUUGGUGGAAGCAUGCCUCUAUGAGGGCCCUGGGGAACUUCAGUGCACAAAGUCCGCAUUUCGAAGGGGCGAUGCGGGUAGCCGGGGGCAUAUUGGAGCACGUAAGCCAGCAGUCCAACAGAAAAAAAGGAAACGACGAACAUUUCGAAUUUCCAAUAACGUUUACAAUAACAUUUCUUCUGUGAAGUGCCCGUCUGUACAAAAAUAUCGAAUGAUGUUGUCCCAGUCAGUUUUGGAAAUAAGUUAUAUUUAA